UUAGCCUCUUGUAGCUGUUUUGUUAUUAGCUGGAUCGUAUAACUCUGUUAGCUCUGCUGGUAUAAUGGGUAUAAUGCAAUUUUGAAGUAUAUUAUCUGUCAAAGAUUCUUGAAGUCCGACAUUUGUAUUUUUUCGUGAAUGUGUGUUUGAACAAUAUAUUUUUGAGCACAAAUUCGGCAAAUUUACUCCAAUAUUUCAUUUCGUGUACUCGCGAAACUAUCAACUCUAUUCCCGAAAUGAUAUUGAAAUGACAAUUAAGUGGUUUAAAUAAGUAAAAAGUGGAGAAAAUCAUGUGAUAAAGUGGUUUUACCUGUGCACCACCAUUGAAGAUAUACUAUAUCACAAAAAAAAGUUGUGUGUUUUAUACAAUGGUAUCUUACACAAAACAUCGAUUUUUCUUUUUAAAAAAAUAAUUAAAUAAUUUAUUGAAAUUGUAAAUAUAAAUUUAAAUAAUGUUUCAAUAUUGGGAUAUUUGAAUGUCAUUUUUGUGCGCAAACAUACACUCAACUUUGAUAAUAUCAAUUGAAAUUUUUAUUGAACAAAAAAAAUUAUGAAACUGAAGAAUGAAAAUAAGAAAGUGGUGCUUCUAUUGAAUUCGCUUGAUUAAGCCAAUUACAUUGUGCUAAUUGUGUGUGUUUAUAAAUUGAAAGCUUAACAAAAGUAAAAGAAACACAAAAUUUACGGGACAAAAAAUGAAACAACAAAUGGCAAAACAUAUCAUAUUAGCAAAGCCGCUGAUCGUAUGCAUAAUAUUCUAUAUGAUUGCAUCGACAACAAGGGCUGCUCAUUUAGUUCGGCUACAUCGAGAAAUUGGUGACUCAUCUAGCGAACAUAAUAAUUUUACAAAACACUCACUGGAUGAAGAGGACAAACAAAAUAUGAACACAGACAUUGAAUCGUUACCGGUUGUGGCACCAACAGAGAUGAAAAGGAAAAUUAAGUGUCACUGCGACAUUUGCAUCGAUGAUAAUUUGAUCUGUGAAACCGAUGGUGUGUGCUUCACCUCCGUACAGUUACAAAAUGGAAAACCAACUUACUCGUACAGGUGUAUCGAUGAGUGGCAAACUUUUCCGCCGGGUCGCUCAAUUUGGUGCAAUAAUAGUACAAAAGGUCCAACAGCUCGGCCAGCGUUUAAAAUCGGCGGUCAUCUCUGUUGUGCUGAGAAUUUUUGCAAUAGUCGUUUAAAGCCAAUUAUUUAUGAUUUUUCGAAGCACCCGUAUACAAUUUUCGAAGGAGAAUUUCUCGGUAACGAUGGCUUAAACACAUGGGAAUAUGUUGUUAUUAUAUUUGGUUCAACAUUAUUAAUAUGCGUAUUGGGAUUAUCGUCGUACUGGUUGUUUCAGCGUAGAAAACGUGUGUCUAAUGAACGUCCAUUCAUACAAGACGAUUCGGUUUGUGAUCCUAUUUUGAAUGGCAAUACUAUUCAGGAUAUAAUUGAAAUGACAACAUCUGGUUCAGGAUCGGCAGGAUUGCCACUUUUAGUUCAACGUUCAAUCGCACGACAAAUUCAAUUGAUUGAAGUCAUCGGAAAAGGACGUUUCGGAGAAGUGUGGAGAGGACGCUGGCGUGGUGAAUAUGUUGCUGUAAAGAUAUUUUCAAGUCGAGAGGAAUGUUCGUGGUUCCGUGAAGCGGAAAUUUAUCAAACCGUUAUGCUGCGUCAUGAAAAUAUUUUAGGAUUUAUUGCUGCAGACAAUAAGGAUAAUGGAACUUGGACCCAAUUGUGGCUGGUAACUGAUUUUCAUGAGAAUGGCUCCCUGUUCGAUUACUUAACAGCGCAUACAGUCGAUUUGGAUAUAUUGGUAUUGAUGGCAUUCUCUAUUGCCACCGGUUUAGCUCAUCUGCAUAUGGACAUCGUUGGCACUCGAGGUAAACCUGCCAUCGCACAUCGUGAUCUCAAGAGCAAGAAUAUUCUUGUUAAAUCAAAUCUUAGCUGUGCCAUUGGUGAUUUGGGCUUAGCUGUCAGACAUGACGUCAAAAACGACACUGUAGAUAUACCAUCAACACAUCGAGUUGGUACUAAACGAUACAUGGCACCAGAGGUGUUGGACGAAACAAUUAACACCCAUCACUUUGACUCAUUCAAACGUGCUGACGUGUAUGCAUUCGGUCUGAUUCUUUGGGAGUUGGCUAGGCGAUGUAAUAUGGACAAUAAUUUCGAUGAAUAUCAAUUACCCUACUAUGAUGUCGUUCAGCCAGACCCAACGAUUGAAGAAAUGAGAAAAGUCAUAUGUAUCGAUCAACAACGACCAAUUAUACCGAAUCGAUGGUCUUCAUCGGAAGUACUCACUAGCAUCGGAAACGUAAUGAAAGAGUGUUGGUACCAUAAUCCAACAGCUCGUUUAACUGCACUCAGGAUUAAAAAGACUUUGGCGAACAUAAAUUAUGUCGACAAAAUUAAAGCCUAAAGGAGUUUUGUAGCUUUUUAAAAAAAAAGUUCUUUUUUACCUGACGAAAACAACAACUGAAAAAAACAACUUUAUAUCUGUGUAACCGUAUAUAACGUAAGUAACGUAUUUUGUUAAGGAUUUCUCUUUACCUCAUCCCAAUUUUUUUUAUUUGUUUAAUUUACGUUAAUUUAUUGUAGCGUACUUUAAUUCAAAUAUUCAUUUUUGUUGAAUUUUUUUAUUAUUACAAAGAAAAACUUGUUAAAAUCCUGUAACCUUUUUAUAAAUACGAAUUUUUAACAUUUCUAUGUAAAUAUGAAUACAGUAAACCGUAAGUGACUAUAGUCGGCAGUAAGGGUAGCGGCACAUAUAGUCUGAUAAAACGAUGGAGUCAAUAUUUUUUUCGGGUCAGAGAAACAAGACCUACAGUUUGUAAACCAAAGGCUUAUGCAGAAACAGCAACAGCUGAACAUCUCCAGCUGGUCGACAAAGACAAUAUCUUUGCAUCGAAAACAAUUCAAAGGCAAGCUACAUACAGUGCAUACACACGUACAGGUCAUCUAAGUGCGCACGUAACACGUAUGACUGUAGUAAACUUGUUGUUUAGAAUGAUUGUAUAUUAUACAAGUAGAUUGUGUUUUUUGAUCAGCUGGUGACGUUCAGCUGUUGCUGAUUCUGCAUAAGCCUUUGUUUAACAAACUGUAAUUAUUGGUAUAAAUUCAUUUACCGAAUUCACUGAAAUGUAUACUAAAAUUUACCGGAAUUUACUGAAUUUACCGAAAAACAAAUUAGGCAAAUUUUCGGAUUAAUUUCGGUAAAUAAAUUAACCAAUUAUUUGCCCUACACUGAAAGGCUCCGAUUCAACCUGGACCCGAUCAUCAGUUUAAAUAAUUUUUGUUGCUGCGAAUGUGCACACAUCUGAAAGGACAUAGCACUGAAUAAUGCAAAACGCAAAACUAGCGGCAAAAUUCAUAGGAAGUGAUGUAUUAGGUUCAAAUCUACUCUGAUUCACAGAAAAAUGUAAAAUUUAUGAGGUUUGAUAUUGGAAUUUUCAAUUACGGAGGCAUCUUCCAACCUCCGAUAUUAACAUUGAAUCGAAGCAUUUGCCCAAGACUUAUUCGAUUGAGAUUUUUACAAUUGACGUACCCAUUAAGGCAGUACAUUGAAUGUCUUCUGAUGUAUCAGGAAUUUAAAAUUUUUCGGUUGGAACACUUAUCACUUCCUUAAUUAAAAUUUCGAGUAUUUUCCAUCCGCCUAGUCCACCAACUGUCGACUAUGGUCACAUAAUUGAAAAUAGUAAAAAAUAAAAUUCAAACUCGCCAAAAUAAAACCUAAACAAAAUGAAAUCAAUCAUUACCCACAAAAAAAAAAAACAAAAUUCAUCUCAACAAAAGUUCAAAGCAUUCAUUCAAAUUCAUAAAACAAAAAAUAUAAAAAAUGUUCCACACACUUGUUCAAAGAAAGUAAGAAAGAAAAAAAAGAAUAAAAUAUUGUGUCAGAAGCGUUCAUUAUUCAUCGUUAAAUUUAAAAUAUAAAAGAAAAUGAAAUAUUUAAAGUUGCAUGUGCUCCAAAAUAUUUAAAAAAAAAUAAUAAAAAUUGAUUUUAAGCAAACGUCUCAAAACAGCCAUAAACCAUUUACUGUAAUAAAUAUAAUGAAAAACUAUACCUUACAUCUAAAUGAACAACAAGACAUGGAGAAGAAGAUUAAAAAAAAAAUAGUUCUGAUGAGAGAAAUCUAAGUGAAAUAGAAGAAAACAAAUUAAAACAAAAAAAAUUUAAACUACAAAAAGAGAAAGAAAAUGAAAAAUGAAUUAUAUAAUCCCCAAUUUAUGCGUUACAGUCGUUUAUUGGUGGUUAUUGGUUGUAUCUGUGAUAACCUUGGAUGUUUGUGUUUGUUAAACUAUUGUAAGAAUGAAAAAAAAUAUUGAAGUAAAAAGAAAAACUUUUAAUUGUAAGAUUGAACUGAAGUAAAUUUAGAAGGAAGUUACGAAACCGUUGUCGUUUCAUUUUUGUCAUCGCUAAUGAUCAAAACAAUUUCAAUAUGCAACGGAUUUAUGUUUAAUGUCAAUUACAGUUUAAAAUGAACCAGAACAAAAAUGGUUUACUUUGAAGUUUCAGUUUCAUUUAAAACAAAAUGUGUGUGUCGUUGAACAUAAACUAUUUUAGACUUUUUGCAAUAGCGUUUGUUACGUAAAAUUAACACAUUAUAUGGUGGUCCGAUUAUUAUUUAACCAUCGUAGGGAGUUUUGAUUAGCCUAGGUCCUGUCCCAUUUUUGUAAAAUUUUUCUCCUGGUUCUAACAACCAGGAUCUAUUUUUGGGAAAUACCUAGAAUGUACCGUUAGUAAAUUCGGAAAAUUUUGGCAAAUUUUAACAAAAUUUGAAAGAUUCUGAGAAAAACGGUAAAAAAAUUGUGAAAAAUCAACUUCCCAAAAAUAUAACCUGGUAAUAACAACAACUAGAGAGCUCACUUAAAGGAGGAUUUAGUUUUAGAACACCGAAACCCAUUAAAUACAUCACCCGCCUGUCAAACUCAGAACGGGUCAGAUAUCCCUUGCUCUCAACCUGAAAUUCAAGUCGACCUGAAAAUAUCUGAGUCUGACCUGACCUGACCUGAAUUUACGUGAAAUCGGAAACUUAAUAAAAGUUCAGGUAAGUCAGCACAGGUUUCAGGUAUAUCUGAAAAAAAUCCCAGAUAUACCUGAAAUCUGACCUGAUUUACAGGUUUCAAGGAAAUUCCAGUCAGGUAAAAAUUUUGAAUUCAUGUUCAGAUUUAAUCAGAUUCAGAUAAUCUGAACAUCACGACCUGUUCCGAGCCCUACUCGCCUGUAAUGUGCGUGUGAAAAUAAACAAAUUUGCAGGAGAGUAAUGUCCUUUCGUUGAUCAUUUUUUUGAAACUCAUAAAAUUGUACCUUUUAUUCUACUAUAGACACGGAUCGAGCGAAGUUGUCGAUGUAAUAAGAUCAAACGGACAAUGAAUCAAUAUAAGUGUACCUGAAUGUGUAAUUAGUAAAAUCGGAUUCGAUUGGCGCUGGAAAUUGUUCAGUAAAAGCAAUAAAAUUAUUCUUCCAUUUCCAUUUGAUUUUUUUGUUUUCCAAUUUACACAUUUAUUGAACCAUUUCGUCACAUUUUCAAUACGAGUUCUUCGUACCACCAUCACAAUGAUUUUUUUUGGUUCGUUUUUCACAUUAACAGAUUUUAGAGGAUUUUGUUUUCUUAUUUUCACCACCUACAAGUACAAUUUAUAAGAAAAAAGAAAAGCAAAAAACAAAAAAAAAAUAAAAAAGAAACUAAACACAGCAGAGAUAUAUUUUGUAAAUCUUAUGAAAAAUAAAAAAAAAUAACCGGAAAAGGUACCUUUUACAAAUUGCCUGCAGCAAAAAAAAAAUAAUAAAGAUAAUGGUAGAUGGCAUAAUGUAAACGUUUAACUAUUUUUAUUUUGUUGAUUAGCGAUGGCAAAUUGAUGACGAUGUACUAAAAUUUAGCGAUUAAUAAAUAAUUAUUGAUAUAGAACUAUGAAUAUAAAAAUUACUUUGUCACAUUAAUAAAAAUUAAGAUUUGGAGAAAGGACGAAAUGAAAUUAACCUUCUACAAACGGCUAGCCAUCUGUUAUCGGCCACAAAGAAUCGCAAAUUAUAAGUGUAUAGUUCUGACCGGACAGCAAAGAAAAGUAGGUUACAACAAACGAAGUAACAGAUUUUUGAUCAACCAUGCUUUCAACAGAUGAAGUAACAGAUUCAAUGAUUAUAUCAUACAUCUGCCGUUUUUAAAAAGUUAAAAAAGUAAAAUAAACAAAUAUCCCGUAAUAUGCCAAUCAAGCCAAUCCCCAGUGAAAACAAUGAAAUAUUCCAUAAACGUACGUUUCUUUUCCCCUCUUUCCAAAAUUUCCAAAGUCAAAUACAAUAAGCAACAACAAACCAACAACAAACCAACAAAACAUUUAACAUAAUACAACAUAUCCAUUACCUGCAAUAGUUAAAACGUAAAAGAAAACCGAUAAAGAAACAUAGCGAAGUGAUAUAUUAUUAUUAGUGAAUGUAAUUAUAAAUUUAACAUUUUUUUUUAUAUUGCAUCCAACUAUACGAUUAAUAUAACUUAUUUAUUGAAUUUUUUUAUAGAAAUGAAAAGUCGUUUUAGGUUGUUCCCCCUAUAGACUGGAAGUAAAUUGUGUUCAAACAUGAUCCAUGAUAACGAUUGAAUAAUUUGCGCUAGUAAACAAUGUUAAUAUAUCAGACGUCAUGAACCAGAACAUUCAACUUUAUUUUUUGCAUUCUACAAAUAAUUGAAAUAUUUUCGGAUCAUUCUAAAAAUAUCUGCCGAAUGUAAAUUAAAAACUUUGUUUUCGUAAAGGGCUUACGGUUAUCUGACUAUAAUGAAAAUAAUUAUGACAACGUCAGAGAUGAACACUUUAAUGUUGCUUUCAUAAACCAGCAUUACAAGUGAUAACACUGUAGCAGUGCGUCAUAAUUCUGUACUAAAAAAGAGACAAAGUUUUACGUGCUAGGAAAAUUGAGACAUUAGCUUCAUUAAAUUUGCUUCGAUGACACUCGCAUGAAAUUUUAAGACGAAUAAUGUUCAAAUUCUGAGAAUUUAGGAUUUUAAAAGAAACCAUCUCCGCAUCAAUAUAAUCAUGAUACCAGAUUUUCCACCUUUAAUAGAUCGAUUCGCGUCAGUAUUUGUCAUUUUCAUCAAUAUAUAGAAAUACUUAGCAUUCCAACUGAUUUCCGUUUUGAAAAGAUGAGUUAACGUUAGAGCCGAUUGAGAGAAUCAAUUUACAAUUGAGAAAUUAGUUUUUUUGGACGAUUCAGGCAACAAUUACCGAAAUUUCCUAAAAAUAAAUCGUCCGAAACAGAUACGUGAACAAAUACCUCCAAAGGGACUCCAAAAUUUCAUCUUUGGGUUAGGUCAUCGAAGCAUGUUUACAUUUCCAACUUUCUAGAUUUGGAAAAUGAUGUGAUCUGUUGCUGGUUCUACAAGAAAUUCGUUGAACCAAUUGAUAAUCUAGAUUUUUAUUUUCAGAAUUUAUUUUAGCUUAGCGCUCGCUAAUUACUUGAUACCAAAAUGAAUGAUCUAGUUUUUCAUUUGCUAAACCAAUUGUUUGUGGAAUCAUUUACAAGCACAACAACUCCUAAAACAGAAAACAUGUCGAACUUUCCAUGUAUCCUCAUCUGGAUCAGAGUGUGUGCUAAUGAGCUCUAACCUCUAAUUUGAAUGAAAAAUGUAGUAAAAAUUUAUAAGAAUCUUCAUGGCAAUAAGUUGUCUUGAAAUUGAAGUCAACUUUCGUAAAUAUUUGUUUGGAUAUUCUCAAAAUUUCUUCCAACUGUUUCCAACGUUUCUUCAGUUUGAGUUAUAAAGCAAACGCUUCAAUACUUAUCAUGGAUUUGAAUACAAUUUAUGUUUUUUUUCUUUUAACUAAAAUUUUUGCCUCUUUAUCCAAUUUCAACCAUUCGGUAAAUAUAGUUAGUUAAAAGAACACUUAAAUACAACCAACAGAAAGAAAAUAGCUCCAUUGAAAAGUACGUAAACAAUAGUCAAUAAAAAGUUUUUAUACAGUCGGCAACACAAAAAUAAAUAAAUAAAAAGAAAAAUGUUAAUAUAUACAACACAACCACACAACAAAUAAUUAUAUUAUAUGCUUCAAAAUAUAAACCUUAAUUAUAUAAACAAGAAAAGAAGGAAAAGAAAAAACAAUUUGAUAAAAAUAUAAUAUAUUUAAACAAUUUAUAUUCUAAUAAUUAAUAAUGAGCACAUGAAAAUGAAAAAUUAUUAAGUUUUUGGCAGUAUGUAUUGAAGGUAUGGAGUACGAACGAUAAGAAACCCAAUGAAAUUAACAUAUUACGUAAUUUAUGGUUUUUUGCCCCCUACACAAUACAACAACUGUUUCCAGUAACGUUAAAGAAAAAGAUGAAACAUAAAACUAUUUAAUUAAAAACACAAAAUGAAAUUAAAAACGAAAUUGAAAAUAGGAAUGGAAUGCUCAACCCUUCAAAACAAUAAAAACUAACAUACAUUUUAUCUACGCGCAUUUAAACUAUAUAAAAAUAGUUAUUUAUGCAACAGAGUGAUAAAUGGUUUUUUAUGCAUUAAGAUGUGUAGAUUGUUACUCGGAGCCAUAGGCCUAGUGUGACAAUACACAUCGUGUGCCUAAAAAAUCAUACCAAGUUACAUACAACAUUUUUCUCAAAAAAGGAACAUUUCGUCAUUGCAUUGAGAAAAAGAAUUAAUUCGUAAUUCAUAGGAAUAUAGUGAGCAUUGGAGAGCCUAAACACCCAUUAGCAUGUAAGCGAGACACUUUUUCGUUUUAAUUA